CAAACACUGUAUGUUGCUAUAGGGAUGACGCCCCUCCCUCGUGUGCAGACUAUUAUCUAGACGACGUACUCGGAUCUCUUGAUACAUUCUAUCAAGAAUUCACCGGAUCUACUUCUAAUCAAAACGAGAMAUGGAAAGACUUGUCCUUUUCGUCCUGUUGGCUGGCUGCUGUACUUUUGUCCCUGCCAUGAGGCUUGACCCGCCUUUUCCUCCUCAAGAGUCCCCUGGACAAGGACAGUGCAGAGUACCUGCUCAUAAACGAGACGAUUGUGGUUACUACGGCAUCAAGGAGGAUGAAUGUGUUAAUGGCAGGAACUGUUGCUGGGACGAUUCAGUCGAAUCAGGCAUUCCAUGGUGUUUUUUUGACAAAAGUGUGGACAAUGGACAGUGCGGCRAUGUCGCCGCUAGUGAACGCGAGGAAUGCGGUUACUUUGGCAUUAAAAAGAACGAAUGUGUUCGUCAAAGAGACUGCUGCUGGGACGAAUCUCUCGGUGGAGACGUUCCAUGGUGUUUCCACAAACCAAAUGAAGGGUCUGGCAGCUUUGAGGCCUGACUGACUUAACGACUUGGUUCAACCUUAAAGUCAAUCAUUAAUGAUAGUAAAGCUAGUGUCGAUAGUAUAGAUYGUAAGCAAAUGUGCAAUAAAAACACUAAACAUACAA